AUGGCCAAUCAAGUUUAUAUUUGUAAAAAUAAUAUAAAUAAAACUCUCGGCAACAAAUCUACAGAAUACUGGUCUAAUAUUAAAAAAUGGCUUAAACAUAUUUAUACAGAGGAAGAGUUAACUACAAAAAACAGAUUAUUAUUUGAUAAAGCAGAGGAUAUUUAUCUCCAUAUAAACUUUAUGGUAGCUUUAAAAACUAAAUUAUUAUUACCCCAAGUUACAAAUACAGCUCCUUCUCGUCAUAAAACUUCUAAACGAAGAAGUAAGAAACAUCCUAAGAAGAAACCUUUAUUUGAGCCUGCCCAGAUUCAGGACUAUGCCCCAUUGAAACAAAAUCAAACCAAUCAUUUUUUAUAUGCUAAUGGAUCAGUGCAUGUCCAAACAUAUUCUGCGCAAGAACUAUUCUUACCUGAUAAGGCUAUGGUCCUGGGCAGAUUAUUGGUGGCUAUGGGAGAUGAAAUUGAAGACGCUACAGAGGGUGCAGCAGAAAUGAUUGUGCAAGCCUCUCACAUCUUUUUGAAAAAUGUAUUGUCUGGGAUACUUUCAAAAUAUAAAGCCUACAAGACAAUAAAUAACAAUGUCAAAUAUGAUGUUGGUAUUGAUAUACCAGAUCCUUUGUUCCGGAUUCCCCCAGAAGUUGCAGUGACGUUUCCAAACCCUGAUAAACUUGAUCAAUUGAAGAACUAUGCUAUUUCUAGUUCUAAACCGAAAAAAGAAGAUAGAAAACAGAUAACAGUAGACCAAGUAUAUGAUGCUAUAAGAUUGCAUAGAAACCUUAUAGCGAACCAUUCUGUUUUUUCAUUGUCCGUAGAACGAAUAUCUCUUGAAUUGGAUAAUGAAGAUUCUGAUAAUAAAUAG